UAUGCGCAUGAAUCCUUGAGGGACAGUGUCAGUAUGUAAAGUGUCAUCUUACGAGGUGCCUGCCCCCUCACUAUCUUAAUUGAUAUAAUAUCGCACGCAAACGACUACACCUAGCAGCGUCCAGCCAUGACAGAAUACUUCCGCCUCACGGCCUCCCAGGCGCAAGCCAAGUUCAAGGAUGAGUCUCUGAGUGUCGAGGAAUACGCAAAAUCGCUUCUAUCACGCAUCGAAGCACGAGACCCAGUUGUGCACGCAUGGGCAUACCUUGACCAGAAGCUCAUCCUGCAACGUGCCCGCGAGCUCGACGGGAUAUCGCCAGAAAAAAGAGGCGUACUGCAUGGCGUGGCGGUUGGAGUGAAGGACGUAAUUCUCACGAAAGACAUGCCAACGCAGCACAAUUCGCCAAUAUAUGAGGAUGACGCGCCGAAGCUUGACGCAGCGAGUGUCAUGUUGUUGAGGGCCAACGGGGCUUUAAUCUUCGGCAAGACGACAACGACUGAAUUCGCAGCAACAACAGUCGGACCCUCGCACAAAGGUCCCAAGACGGCGAAUCCACAUGAUCCCUCGCGUACGCCCGGCGGCUCAUCGUCAGGCUCAGGCGCAGCAGUCGCCGACUUCCAGGUCCCUGUCGGACUUGGGACUCAAACGGGAGGCAGCACGAUACGGCCAGGCUCGUUCAAUGGUAUCUAUGCGAUGAAGCCAACGUGGAACUCAAUAUCGCGCGAGGGCCAGAAGCUUUACUCGCUCAUCUUCGACACUCUUGGCAUAUAUGGGAGGAGCAUAGACGAUAUAAAGUUGCUCCUUGAUGCUUUUCAGCUUGUCGAUGACGAGCCUGUGGAGGACAUCCAGAUUAAAGAUGCCAAGUUUGCUCUGCUUUCAUUUCCUACACCCGAAUGGCCUGAGCUUGGUCCUGGCACUGUGGCUGCCCUCCAGAAAGGCGCGCACCUGCUUCGAGCUCACGGAGCACUUGUCGAAGAGAUCACACUUCCUGAUGAGUUCCGACAUAUGAAUAAGUAUCACCUGCAGGUUCUCUCUGGCGACGGUCGCGUUGCCUUUCUGGCCGAUUACACUACUUCGAAACAUCACCUCGACCCCUCCAUCGUUGCCCACGUUGAAAAUCAUGACAAAUACAGGCGAAAAGAGCAACUUGUCGCCUUCGAUUCCCUUGCUGCAAUGCGGCCCAAGCUAGACAUGUUAGCAAAUAAGUACACGGCCAUCAUUGCGCCCAGUGUUAUCGACGAAGCGACGGAGGGACUUGAAACAACAGGGAACGCUGCGUUUUGUGCGCCCUGGACAGCUAUGCACAUGCCCGUUCUGAACGUGCCAGGGUUCAAGGGAAACCAUGGGUUGCCGGUGGGGUUGAGUCUCGUAGCUGCUAGAUAUCGGGAUCAGCAUCUGCUGGAAGUAUGUAGAGUAGUUGGAAGGUUGUUUGAGGCUGAGGGUGGAUGGAAAACAGGUCCCUGAGGGGCAUUAGCAUAGUUGUCAAGCUUUUGUUGCUUCUCAAUAGAGGGGAUUCGUCUACCAGACUAUGUCUAAAGAUUACAACCAUGUUUUCGGCUGUAGCCUGUGUAUUGGAUAACAAAGCGAGAACGACAUUUUCAAAAAGCU